AUGGAAUGGUCAGAGUUCUUGACCUUGUUCAAUUCCAAGUACUUUGGUAAGGCAGUGAUUAAGCACAUAGUGAAUGAUUUCACAAAUCUGAAGCAGGGAACGUCGAGUGUACAGAACUAUGCUCGAAAAUUCGACCAACUAUCUAGGUUCGUGAAGAAUCAGAUGGUGGUGGACAUUCGCAGGAUGGUUGUGGUGGUGGUGGAUGGUUGUGAUGGUGAUGCAGGUGGCGGAGGACAGAUGCAACUUCUGCAUAUUCUUUCAAAAACUAUAGCUGAGGCAGCUACUUGGGACUUUGCAAAAGAAAACAAAAUGAACUUGGUGACAAUAAAUCCAAGUUAUGUUAUUGGUCUAAUUUCAUCACCAACUCUUAGUUCAAGUGUAGAGAUGAUUUUGAACCAAAUGAAUGGCAAGAGUUCAAGAGUAGGUUUUGAUGGUGCUAGACUACAUGACUUUGUGAAGAUGUAA